UGGUAUUAUAUAUAGCUAGUGCUUGUGGUUUUAGAAGACAACUCUCACACAUUUCGUUUUCUUUUCUUUUGUGAAAGCAAGUGGGGUUUGCUAUUUUGACUCCAUAGUAACCAACAGAAGUCUUCACUCUUCACUCUUUUCACUACCUCCACAUAUCUUAUAUUCCAUUAUUGCUUAGGAUCACAAUUCUGAUUUUUCUUUCUUUUCUUGAACGUUGGCAUUGUUGAUUUAUCUGAAAACGAAUUAUACAGAUAAGGUCCCCUGUUGUUACGGCCUAUGGUUUGGCUGUGAGCAUAUUUUAUGGGGUUUGUGCCCUUGAUAAUUCAUGUGCUAUGUUAGUGAGAAGCCGUUGUUGUAUUCUGUUAGCUGUGAGGCCAAGUAUACCGAGUAAUUAGACGUGAGGCGCACCAAUAAUAAUAGUAAUAUCUGUAACUGUUAUUAGCCUUAGCAAUCACCAUAUAUAGCCAUAGUGGUGUCUUGAUUUAUCUAUAUAUAAACCUUUCAUAUUCUACAGGAUGCAGAUUAUGUAGUGAACUGAAAUUGAGACUCUCUACACACGAAUGUGCAGUAUGAUGAUGAAGAGACACACAAUAAUAUUCCUAAGAAUCAUUUUUCUUGUGAUGUUUCUUGGGUGGCUAUCUGUUUGGAUCUUGUUGCCUACUAAGAUUUACAAAAAGAUCUGGGCUCCCAUGCUACAAAACAAGUUCAAUUCUACAUACUUCAGAGGGCAAGUAGUUCUUAACUUUAUUAGGGAUAAAUCUCCUGUUUUUCACAUUCCCUAUGAUGUUCAUUGGAGCUCUGAGUUGUAUUUAUCUCCAUUUUCAUCAAGAAAAAAUAACAGAAAAGUUGCCUUCCAGAAGCGGCGGCGCUCUAAAGAGAUGUUUAGGCUUCCUGAGACGUCCAUUCCUGGUUAUGUCUCCAAUUGGAAUUGUUUCAGCUAUGGAGCUUAUUUUUGUACUCAUGUUUGCUGCACUCUUGAUAUGGUCCCUUUCCAAUUACUUACAUACCGGUUUCGAUCACCUCCGCAUGCACAAACAAGAUGAGAAAAUAUGGGAAGCAAAGUUGAGGAGUGUAUCUUUGAGACUUGCUUACAUAGGAAACAUAUGUUUGGCAUUUUUGUUCUUUCCAGUCACAAGAAUGUCUUCUAUUCUGCCUCUUGUUGGACUCACAUCUGAGUCAAGCAUCAAGUAUCAUAUCUGGCUUGGACAAUUAUCUAUGGUUCUCUUUGCUGCUCAUUCCAUUGGUUUUAUCAUUUAUUGGGCCAUCACUAACCAAAUGAUUGAGAUGCUAGAGUGGAGCAAGACAUAUGUAUCCAAUGUAGCUGGAGAGAUUGCAAGUUUAAUAGCAUUAGCUAUGUGGAUAACAAGCAUUCCACAAAUAAGGCGCAAGAUGUAUGAAGUAUUCUUCUACACUCACCAUCUCUACAUUCUCUAUAUCUUAUUCUUUGCCAUCCAUGCUGGAGUUGGAUCCAUGUGCGUAAUUGCUCCUGGGGUUUUCCUAUUCCUCAUUGAUAGACACCUUAGAUUCUUACAAUCUCGCCAACAUGCUCGGUUACUAUCUGCUCGCCUUUUACCUUGUGAUGCCCUUGAGCUCAACUUCUCCAAGAAUCCUAGUUUAUACUAUAACCCCACAAGCUUGGUGUUCAUAAAUGUUCCAAAGGUUUCCAAGCUGCAAUGGCACCCUUUUACAGUGACUUCUAGUUGUAAUAUGGAGACUAACUAUCUGAGUGUUGCCAUAAAAAAUGUGGGUAGCUGGUCAAACAAGCUGUAUCAGGAACUUUCUUCUUCAUCUUUGGAUCAUCUUAAUAUUUCAGUUGAAGGACCUUACGGACCCCAUACUGCACAAUUUCUAAGGCAUGAGCAGAUUGUGAUGGUGAGUGGCGGAAGUGGCGUAACUCCCUUCAUAUCUAUAAUCCGAGAUCUCAUAUUUCAAAGCCAACAACAAGAAUUCCAACCUCCAAAACUCCUACUUGUUUGUAUUUUCAAAAACUACGCUGAUCUAACCAUGUUAGAUCUUAUGCUUCCUAUUUCUGGUUUAAAAACUCGAAUCUCUCAGCUUCAGUUACAAAUUGAAGCUUACAUCACAAGAGAAAAACAAGAACCUUCAAAAGAUACUCAAAAACAAAUCCAAACGAUAUGGUUUAAAACAAACCUCUCUGAUUGUCCUAUCUCAGCUGUAUUAGGCCCAAAUAACUGGUUAUGGCUUGGUGCUAUAAUCACAUCAUCGUUCGUCAUGUUUCUCCUCUUUUUAGGAAUUGUUACUCGUUACUAUAUUUAUCCGAUUGAAAAUAACUCAGGUGAAGUAUAUAACUGGACCUACGGGGUUAUGUGGUACAUGUUUUCAUUUUGUUCAUGUAUAUGUAUAUGUUCUAGUGUUGUUUUUCUUUGGUUGAAGAGAUUAAACAAAUUAGAAAAUAAGCAUAUAAUGAAUGUAGAAGUUUCAACACCAGCAAGAUCACCAGGGUCAUGGAUUUAUGGUUCAGAAAGAGAGCUUGAGAGCCUUCCUCAUCAAUCUUUAGUGCAAGCUACCAAUGUACAUUUUGGCUCAAGACCUGAUCUCAAGAAAAUUCUGUUUGAGUGUGAAGGCAAAGAUGUUGGAGUUAUGACUUGUGGUCCAAGAAAAAUGAGACAUGAAGUUGCUAGAAUAUGUGCUUCUGGUUUGGCUGAUAAUCUUCACUUCGAAUCAAUCAGCUUUAAUUGGUGAUCUACAAUGUACAUGUCGCAUAUAUAUGCCUUUUACUAUCCUCUAAAACGUUCAUGUUGAUUCCUCUAUGUUAUUAUAAUUAGGCAAUCGUGAACAAGUGCAAUUGCACAAGUGUGCCUGUACAUGAAUUAAUGUAUAUUUUCCUCUA